GGAGGCAAACGUGGGGGUCAGGGGUUCAGGCUACUGAUGGAUGCUGGUGUCCCCACAGGUGCAGCUGGAGAGGGGAAAAACCCUUCACAUCAAGGCACUGGCCCUGGGUGACCUCAACGUGGCCGGACAGAGGGAGGUUUUCUUUGAGAUGAACGGCCAGCUUCGCUCUGUCCUGGUCAAGGACACACAAGCCAUGAAGGAGAUGCACUUCCACCCCAAGGCGCUGAAGGACGCGAAGGGCCAGAUCGGAGCGCCCAUGCCCGGCAAGGUGAUUGACAUCAAAGUGAAGGAGGGCAGCCACGUGGAGAAGGGCCGGCAGCUCUGCGUACUCAGUGCUAUGAAGAUGGAGACGGUGGUCAACGCACCCAUGUCCGGCACGGUGAAGAAGAUCUACGUCACCCGGGACAUGCACCUGGAGGGGGAUGACCUCAUCCUGGAACUGGAGUAACACCGGAUGCUCUCAAAGACCCCCAGCCCUCAGUCACCCCCGUCCAUUCCGCAAACUCCCAACACUCCAGUCCGCACCUUCCACCCUACCUCAAAACCUCUCCACUCCCCUUCCUCCC